CGCCGUACUUCCCCGUAGCUUGUCCACCCUUCCCACCCUCUGUCGUAGCCACUAAAACUAAACACCACCAAACAGAAGCUUCCCUUCCUUCCCUCCCUCUCUUCAGAUCGACAACCUCAACCCGGACACACUACACACUUCAUGACCAGGUCGUCGUCGUCGUUGUCGUCGUCGUCGUCGCUGUCGUCGCUGUCGUGCUGUCGCUGUCGCUGUCGCUGUCGCCUUCUUCUUCUCACCCAUCACUGCGCAUCGUCCGUCUUCUGCUCCAGCGAUCUUGCUCUUCCCAAACACUACAGUGUAAAUAUGUCCGACUAGUUUCUGGAGCUUGACUCGAUUUAUCUUGACCAAGGGCCGCCGCUGGAGGACCCGCCGAAACCUUAACUAACAAGACAGCAUCUCACCAUUUCACACUAUUUUCUUCCUAACAGUCCGGUCAUCACCACUCGACAAUGGACCCUCGACUUCCUCAGCAUCCGUUCUCGCGGAAUGCUGCGUCGCCAUACACUCCCCGUACCACCUUUCAGCAGCCACCCCCCUCGACCCAGGCACCGCCUUACUCGCCGGGUGCCGAUCCUCGAAACGCGCCUCCUUUCCGACCGGAGCAUCAGCGAAGGACCUCGGAGAACACAUACUUCCAACACGCGCCACCGACCUAUCCUCGCGACGCUGCUCCCAUCCCGAAUACCUCGACGCACUCCCGAACCGCGAGUGCGUCAUCCAUCGGCCACGGGACACCACUGAUUCGGAAUAUGCCACCACCAUCCUCCCCACAACAACAGAAUCAACAGGCACCUCAUCCCCAGGGACCCCAUCCACAAGCAUACCCACCGCCACCACCGCCGUCGUCGAGACAGCCAGCACCAGCUAUUGGGCCUCCUGCGGCCUUCCCCACGAAUCGGGAUCUGCCGGCAUUGUCGUCUAUACAUCGACCCAACAGUGUCAAUAGCAGCAGCAUGUCUAUAUCAUCAAUGCUAGGUGGCCCUUCAGCCACCGGUCGUGAACCGGGCCCCCCUCCAUCUCAAUACCCAGCGCCACAAGCGAUGAUGCCGUCAGGGGCGCCGUCAGGGCCAAGUACACCAUACGCGCCUCCCACACAUCCCUCGCCUAGACAAUCGGCAGCAGGUUCCGACUAUGGCAGAUUCCGACGCCCAGAGACGCCCGAACACCAUCACCUACCCGAAUCACAAUCGCACCAUGACCAUCGGGCCGUUUCUGCCCGCAGCCCCCAGAGGGUCUCGAACAUCCCAAGUCCGGAAUCGAAUCGCUAUAAUACACCUCAAGGGCCCCCCCAACGAAACAUCCCAAACCAGCCUGGUCCGGCCGAAGAAAGACGCGAGCAGUAUGCUGUCCGCGUGCCAAAUCCGAAUGCGCCUCCCCCUCGACCAACCAGCCAGCCAGCACUAUACAACCAAAGCGAGGCAUCUAUUCCAGAAUCUGUGCGGUCGGAAAACGGGAGGCCGCAGGCUGGGUAUGCGCCUAGAGGUAUCGGCUACGGCAAUAGGGAGGAUAUACCCGCCUUCCGCGAACAGGCUCGGAUAGAAGAAGCUAUAAUGAUGAGGGACAUGGAACGGGAACGAGAGCAGCGGGACAUUAGGGAACGUGAACGCGAACGAGAACGCGAAAGAGAUGUCCGCGACCGAGAGUAUCGUGAGCGAGAACGUGAGCGCGACAGGGAGAAGGACCGAGAGCGAGAGCUCGCGCGUGAACGGGAGCGCUUGGAUAGGGAGAGGGAUAUGAUGCGAGAUCGCGAAAGAGAGCGCAUGAAUCAUAGCAGAGAAUCGGCACCAUUUGCAAGGCAAGAGGGCCCUCAAUAUGGCCGCCAGUAUGGACCUGCUCAGCAGGGUGCCUUCGUUGGACGUGCCGAGGCCGAACAGGGUCCCUGGGCAAGAGGAAGGCCAGAGGAACAACCUCAUGAACCAGCAUCCCAGCAAGCUUCUGGUGGAAUGGGAUAUGAAUUUCCAAGAAAUACGUCGCAACCUUACGGCGGCACUUCUGGAUACGGACCCCAAGACCAACGAUAUUCAUCGAGGGAUUACAGGGACACCCAGCCGCAGAAUCAACCAAGCCAACAGGCACAGCCGGGGCAACAAUACGGCAGCCCAGUGCAAGAGCGCGAGAGAAUCGGAGGACCUCCAGGACCCCAUCAACAAUAUUCUGGACAACCACCUGGACCGUUUCGAUCGAAUGAAUCACCCCGGUCAAGAUCAAACGAGGAAUCCCAGCAAAUGCAGCGUGGUGUAUACCUUGGCAUCCAACAAGAGAUUAACAGGAAGGGCCGGAACUCUCCAUUCCCCCAAGCUGUUCAAGGUGUGCAGGGGCUGGUAAAUGGACCAGCUGGCGAGCCUGGCAUCAAGAGCGAGUUUGGGAAAAUGUUUUCGGGGAUCGGGAGCGGCGUUGGUGGCAUGGGAGGCACAAGCAACGCAAGUGGCGGCUCGCAGACUCCGUUUUCACAGCCCAAUCAGCUUAGACGAGAUGAUUUGGAUGUGGUUGCUGCGCAAGACUCGCCAACUGAAAACGGCCAUAAGAUUGUUCGGUCUUCGUCACGAGGAGGAAGGAGGCGCAAGCUUCAAACGGCUGAGGGCAAAGAUGGCGAUGAUAGUAGCAACGGAAGACAUACUCCAAGUGGCCGUGGCACGAAGCGACCGAAACAGCAACAUUCCGCAGGUGCUCCACAUCGACACUCGGAAAACCAACGACCGGAACCUGUCGCCCAACUUUCGUCACCUACGGGCCCAAGUUUGACCCCAACAUUCGGCCACCCAUCUGGUCACGGAGCAGCAUCGCCUCCACCGAAAGUUAUUCCUCAUCAUCAUCACAUUAACCGCCACCACUAUCAUCACCACCACGGUAGCCCGCACCCGAAACCCCCCCCCCAAGUCAUCAUGCCCCAAGUCAUCAUGCCAAAGCCCAAGACGGUUGUCAAAUCCAAUGCCGUGCUCGACUCUGUGGCGCAUUUGCCGAGGAAGCAUCUUGGGCAUUUCACUUACUCGACAGCCUUGAAACCCGGAGAUCCGCCGUCAGUGGUGCACAACCACCAACGCCGUCGUGCAUUCAAUAGCAACCCAGAGCCAUUGCCCAAGAUGGAGGGAAGCGAAAACUGCACCCUCACAGUCAGGGUUCCACGCGUAUAUCUCGAACCGCCAAGCCGCGAGGAAAUAACAGCAAGAAGGAGCGUUUGGGGAACCGACAUCUACACCGAUGACACUGACGUCGUCGCUGCGUGCAUUCAUGGCGGGUGGAUCCGAGGCGAGUGGUCCGAUGACGUGGACAUCUCCGUCCUUGAUCUUGUCAUCGACGAUUCUGCCGAGGACAAUGGCACGGCGACCAAAGUGACUUCGAAGAACGGGGACAUAACGCUUACAGCGCCCCCCGCCCGAGGCCCGAUGCUCCCGCCACCACCCAAGGACCUCCACGUCACCAUUCUCGUCCUGCCUGCACUCGAGAAGUACUCCAGCACCACACGCUGGGGCAUCCGAUCACGCGCCUGGGCGAACACACACGACGGACUCUCCUUCCAGAUCAUGAGCGUCAAGUUCGUCAGUGGGGUGGACACGGCGAAGGAGAUUCGAGGGAGCGCGCGCAGGCUGCGCAUUGAUAGUCAGCUGCGCGAGGACGACCUGGAGCGGGAGUCGGCGUGGGCGGCGCUGCUGCAGGUGGGCAAUGGGCACCAUGAUGAGGUGGCGAGGAAUAAGGAUGGGAUUGCGGAGAGCUUUGUGCGUGGGGAUCCUACGCCUGCGCAGGGGAUUGUGGGGUUGGGGAUGAGGAGUUGGUGGAAGGAGCAGCCGAGGAGGGUUGAGGAGGUUCGUGUGGAGCCGGAGGGGAAGAUGGAUGUUGAUGAGAAGGUUGGGGAGGUUGUUGGGGAGGAUGAUGAUGUUGCGAAGCACACUGUGCAGGACGGCGUGCGAGACGUUGUACAGGACAAUGUGAAGGAUACAGCCAAGGAAGCAGCGAAGGAGGCUGAAGAAGCCAGUAUCCCAGAUGGCGUGGACCAGAUGCUGCAAGAUGUAGAUCAACCGGCUGCGGACGUGUAAAUAUGGGAUCUUUUUACAUUCCAGGGUAACCGGCGCGAUUACCGGUCUAGAUAGAUAUGGCGCUUCGGGAGGAUAUACAUGUAAUCAAUGCAAGGGACAUUUUCAGCAGUGGAGAGGAGGUAUUAGGAGGCAGUUUGUAACAUUUCGAUGGAGAUGUGGUGGUGGCAAUAUAGAUACG